CAGGUCCUUCAUGUGUUAUGUUUAAAGUGUGAUUUGCUUUUCAGAAUUUUUCACGGUGAAUUCGUUUGAACAGUUCUGUAUAAAUUAUUGCAACGAGAAAUUGCAAAAUUUUUUCAACGAUCGAAUACUGAAGCACGAGCAGCAGCUGUACGCCAACGAGGGCCUCAAUGUCCCCCGCAUCCAAUACAGUGACAACGAGGACUGCAUUGAUUUAUUUGAAAGGAAAGUGGAAGGUUUACUAGAUCUUCUGGAUGAGGAAGCACGUCUACCGAAGCCUUCACCGCAACACUUCACUGCUUCCGCACACCAACAGCUCAAAAAUCAUUUUCGCUUAACAACUCCGCGGAAAUCCAAACUAAGAGAGCAUCGGGACAUGCGAGAUGACGAAGGGCUGCUAAUACGUCAUUUUGCGGGAUCCGUUUGCUAUCAGACAGCGUUGUUUCUGGAAAAAAACAAUGAUGCAUUGCACGCAUCUCUGGAAAUGCUCAUGGACUGCAGCAAUUCGGCAUUUGUUCGAAAUCUCUUCUCCGCAAAUAGCAAUGACAGGUCGCUGAACAACAAUCGUAAGAAAUCACUAUCGAAUAAGCUUGCAUUCGCAUCAGUGAGCAACAAGUUUCGCAACCAACUUAACGAACUACUGAAGAAAUUGGAGCUCACCGUAUGGUUUUAAAU